AUGGAAUCACUGCAGAAGAUUGACUUUCGAAUAGGUACAAUUCUCUCUGUGAAACCAAAUACAAAAGCAAAAAUUCCUUCUUUCAUUGUUGACAUUGAUUUUGGUAAUGCGAUCGGAAAGAAAACAACGUCAGCACAGUUGCCAGCUAAUUAUACUGAAUAUGAACUUCUACAAUCAAAACAGGUUGUGUGUGUUGUCAAUUUUCCAGUAAAAAGAAUUGCUGGUUUCAAAUCGGAAGUGCUCAUUGUUGGAUUUCCAGAUGAAAAAUCAAAAGUUGUUUUAUUGAAUACACGAAAUGUAAAAGUUCCUAAUGGCAAACAAAUUCUUUAUUUAUCAUCGACAGUAAGCACAGAUUCAAUGAUAACGACCGAUCAACAUACGAAAUCAACUGAUGAAUUUGAUAUAACGAAUACUAACAGGAAUUUUAAUGAUAAUCUUUUACCUGAAGCAACUUAUGAACAAUUUGAAGCCUCCAAUAUUAUUGUUGGAACUAUCAAACACAUACAACAAGAACAAAAUUUGCACAAGUCAACGUUCACAGUUGAUUUUGGUGAAACGAUUGGUGAAAGAACUUUUGUUGUUCGAAAUCUCUCGCCUGAUAUUGUUUAUGAUUUAUCAACCCAAUUACCAAUCUCAAUCAAUCAACAGACUAAGGAGAUUGUUCCAUUAGCCAUAACAAAGGACGAUGAUCACCAUUCAAUUGUUCUCCUUGGUGUUGAUCGACAAGUACCUAACGGAGGAAGACUUUUUUAA